UCUGGCCGAGGGAGGCGAGCCGCGCCAAGCGGAGGAGGCUGCGCCGGGCGCCGAGAGCCCCCUCUGAGGCGGACCGCAGCCGUCGAGGAGCUGCAGCUGAUGGCCAAGGAUGGCGGCGGAGCCACGCUCCUGCCGGGCGGCCAGGCAGGGAACCCAACUGCAGAGGCCCAGCAGGAGACGCCGUGUAGCCUGGAGGAUGACGACGAAGUUUUUGUGAAGACAGAUGGCCAAGCGCCAAGCCCCAGGGCAGCCACAUUCCGUCACGGCAGUGUGGAGGAGCUGUAUGAGCUGCUGGAGAAGCUGGGCAGCGGACACUUUGGGGUGGUGCGACGCUGCCGGGAGCGGAGCACGGACACCUUCUACGCUGCCAAGUCCGUGAAGGUGCGGAAGCGCAGGGGCAGCCGGCUGGGCCUGGACCGGGAGCAGGUGGAGCGGGAGGUCAGCAUCCUGCAGCAGCUACGCCACCCCAACGUCAUGUACCUGCACGACGUCUUCGCCAGCAAGGCCGAGACGGUCUUGAUCCUGGAGCUCAUCCACGGGGGCGAGCUCUUUGACUUCAUUGCGGAGAAGGAGAUGCUGACGGAGGCCGAAGCCAUCCCGUUCUUGCAGCAGAUCCUGCUGGGCGUGGCCUACAUGCACUCCCGCCACGUCACACACUUCGACCUCAAGCCGGAGAACAUCAUGCUGUUUCAGAAGGACGUCCCCAACCCCACCAUCAAGAUCAUUGACUUUGGCCUGGCGCAAAAGCUGGAGGAAGGCGCCGCCUUCAAAAGCCUGUGUGGGACCCCGCAGUACAUUGCUCCCGAGGUGAUCAACUACGAGGCUCUGAGCUCAGCAACCGACAUGUGGAGCAUCGGUGUCAUCACGUACAUCUUGCUGAGCGGCAUGUCCCCCUUCCAGGGGGAGACAGAUGCAGAGACCCUCUCCAACGUCGUCUCUGGCACCUAUGAGUUUGAGGAGAAGUAUUUUAGCCAAACCUCCGAGAUGGCCAAGGACUUCAUCCAGCAGCUCCUGGUGAAGGAUCCUGGGAGCCGAAUGACUGCAGCAGAGUGCCUCAUCCACCCAUGGAUCAAGCCCCUGAACCGGAAGCAAGCCGUGAACCGGAGCCGUUCCUCCAUCAACAUGAAGAACUUCCGCAAGUUCAACGCCCGCCGGAAGUGGAAGCUCUCCUACAACAUGGUGUCCGCGUGCAACCGCCUGUGCCGCAUGCGCCUCUUGUGCCAGCAGAGGAGAGAGGAGGAGGAGAACCUGCGCGAUUGUGAGAGUGACCAGGAAGACAGUGCCAGCAGCCCUGUGGCUCUGCUCCGCCGACGAAGAAGCAUCUGCUCCUGAUCCUUGGAGGCUGAAGAUUUUGCUCAUCUGAAUGGCAAAGGGAAAAGACUCAAGCUGCUCAUGAGCCGACGAGUGCAUGGCAAGGAGCCUGCCCCCCCCCCAGACGCUCCGGCCUUCCAGGACCAGCAUGUUGGUUGUUGCAUGAGAAGGAGGAGGAGGGGAGGCUGCGGACAUGGAUUAUGUGGGCAAAAAGGAGUCCAGUGUUAAAUCGGCUCCCCUGUACCAUCCAGUAUGUUUAGCUAUCUCAGAGCUCAGCAGGCUCCACUUCUGAGCCCACCCCCACCCUCACAACCUAGCAUGCAAUCUCUAGAAUCAGCACUCCUUUACUCGUGUUUUAAUGAGGGGGGGUUGCAACGCAGCCACUUGUGCCUUUCUGGUGGGGGUGUUCACUGCAGAACUUUCCCAGCCCUUUCUGCUUACUAGGGAAUAGACACCGCCGCUUCCUCUAGGGGUUCAUGACAAGUGAAGCCUUGAGUGUCUGCCUGAUUUUAAUGUUGUAAUAUAUUUUCAAAGAAAUAAACAUAUAACAAUUCCUGUA